ACCCUAAAAAAACAAAAUGCUCAAAAAGAAAAUUAAACAAAAACAUACAACAAUUCAUUUCUUGGCAAACUGUUAAAGAUGAAUGAAUACGAGGCAGUUGCAAAACGUAAAAAGAAAUUAAAAACGCAAAAAACUAAAACAAAACAACGGCAACAGCAACAGCCGCCACAAAAAAAUAAACGAAAAAUCCAAUUAACCCAAGAAUUUGAGAAAAAUGAAAAAGAGGUAAUGACACUGCUGGAGAACACUAGUUUAUUUAGUGAGUCCAGCAAUAAUAGCCAACGCGAUGAGGAUAAUAAAUCACCAAGUGAAAGAUUUUUUUGUGGCCUCAACGAUGAACAGCAGGAAAAUGGUGAUACAGGAAGAAGCACAACGACAGCUUAUUCCAUACAAGAAAUUAACAGUGAAGAGUCAGAAAAUGAAAGAAGACUGUCAAAAGAGUCAUUAGAUGAUGUGUCCACCACGACAAGAAGUAUACAGCCUACAUUGGCAUCCACAUUCAUACAAAUAGAGCAAGACGACCGUCACAGUUUGGUAAGAAUAGAAAAUUUACCAUUUCUUAAACAACAAGAGGAGUUUAUUUACCAACCAAAACUAGAGCUGGAAACUAGUUUGAAUUCUUUCACUUUGGAAGGUAAAUUGGACAAGAAUACCAUUUUACUAAUAAAUCGUUUUAUCAUGGAAUUUAAAGCACGCAAAGAAAAAGUGGACAAAACUAUUGUGAAUAUAACAAUUAAAAAUUCCCAAACAUAUAAAAAUUACUUUAAAGAUGAAAUUCUUUACAAGACCAUUUGUGAGUUCAAAUUUAAACCCAUUUUUAUGGAACCUUCGGUGGAUAGUUUGGCCAUACCCUCUAAGAAACUUUUAACAUUGCAUUUAAAAGAUUUGCACUUCACCGAACAUCCUUUGCUGCAAGAAGAACAUCGUUUGGCCAAUAACUUGGAACUAUUAUACGAACAUCGCCAACAACGUUUACAGGAGAAAAUAACGGAAAAGUUAUAUGCCGAUAUACAAAUCGAAAGGAAUAUUUUAAACGAACUAUUGUCUUCAGCUGAAAAUAACUCUCGUAAUGAUAAAACCACCCAGAAAGAGAAAAAAGCAUUGAAAAUUGAACAUCAUCUUUAUAAGGUGAAAGCAUUGCGUGAAAAACUUUAUGAUGAGGAACUAAUGAAUAAACAACUUUUGCAAGAAAUUUUAAAUAGUUGGAUCAAGUUAAAGAAUCUAAGACAACAACAAGAGCAACAAUUCACUAGACUCAAAUUACGCAUCAAAAUAGAAGACUUAACUUUAGCAGAAAGUAAGAUACGCCAACGUUUAUGGACUCAACGUUUUGAUGCAGAUCUUAAUGAAAUCUAUCGCGAACAAUUGGAGGAGUAUUAUCGUAAUAAACGCUUAAGGCAGCAAAAUAAAGCGGAAGGAGGAGUAUAUAUCACAAGGAUACGUAAACCAGAUAUUGGUUUAUUGUCUUCUGAAUUGAGAGAAAAAUAUAAUAAAUGUUUUCUCAAUCCUAAAGAACCUCGUGUAGACGUUGUUCGUAUUUUUACUAAUAAUAAUGAUAUUGUGGAUUUGCCAGGGCCUCGCAAGUUACAAAGUUAUUUUAUGCGUAUAUUUUUCGAUCGCCAGAUGGUGGGAGAAACGAGAGUUUAUCGUUUGGAAAGAGAUUUAAGUAUUGCAAUUAAUGAGAAGUUGGGCAUCAUGCUGAAUAGAAGACUUCCAAAGGAUANNNUUUUUCAGCUUUAUAAGAAAUCAAAAAUAUCUUCGGCUCAAAAAAUUGCUAACAUCAUUGUACCGCUGCCUUUAUCCUCCCAUAUCGAAUCAGAACCACGUACUAUAACUAUUGCCUUUUCUUCACACAAACAACCUAUAUCUGGUUAUUUAAGGCUUAACCUGGAAACUGAUGAGCAAUUCUAUCCGAAUGAAAUAGUUAACAAACUAUUCCCAGGACCAAAACAACAUACAACAAUACCUAAAAAUCUUCUACAACAAUGGUAUGAUAGAAAACUUCUUACGACUCCUGAAACUCCUGAACUAGCCUUAUUACCUGAGAGUGCCGGCAGUGAUACAGAGGAUGAUACUGAGAAAUUAGAGGCAAUAACAUGUAAUACUUGUACUUUCCAAGAAGAUCUUUUACGAUUUUGUGAUCCUAUUGAAUUGGAAAAUAAUGCCCGAUUAAAACUUUUACAUUCACGUUAUUUGAAAAAUGAUGCUAGAACUAGAGAUUUAAAAUGUAUACCAAUGCUAGAUCAUGAGCUGGAAUUUGAAUGGAAAGCGCAGGAAUCGGUUAUAGAUCCUGGCAACUGGAUGGAUCCCAUAGAUCUGCAUAAACACGAGGGUAAGAAAUAUUUACGCUCUCUUUAUGCAGCCAUACAAAAUCAAUGCAGCCGUUUAACGAAAGUGGUGGAAAGCCGAGAAAAUUUGCUGCUGAAUGAUGAGCCCAUUAGUUGGGCUGCUGUCUUUAAAACUAUUAAGUUAAUAUUCCAUCCUAGACAUAAUUUACAGGCGGAUAAGAAUAUGUCUUUGUGCUCCACUAGUCCUAUCAUGUCUUUGGAAUAUGCUCAACAUUUUAAAAUUAUUUGUAAUAUCGUAAGAGCUACAGGUAUACCGGUGAGAAUAACAAAUCCAGAUGAUUCGGAGAGUAAGGGCAGGAGUACACCAGAAUCUUCUAAUGUCUUUGUAUUGCAGAAUUUAAAAUAUUCCAAUGUGCGUCCAUUUAUAGCUGUAAGUUAUAAGGAUAAAUUUGGUCGCACAAUGACGGCUGAGGGAUCAAAUCCUACCUGGAAUGAACAGUUGAUUUUACAGUUGAGGUAA